AGCGAAAGGACCUAAAACAACCAGGAUUCUGAUUUGCCGAUUCUGCAUUCCAUUACUCGGACGACAUAUCGAUCAGCGCCUGACGGUCACGUGUUUGCACAAAGAUUUACGGUGCUGCAACGAUUCAAGGUUUUACGUUUAAUCUGGAAGGCCUUUUCGACUGCCAAAAUGCUCAACUGAUCAAGAUGCCUGCAUCCCAUGCCUUCUGGUGUGCAAGCCUCGUAAUCUCGUUGAUGAUCCAAGAUGUUUCCACUUUGAGAGCGUGUCAACCUCUUAUCCUCAGCAAAUCUCAAGUCGAAUCUUUAGCUUCGGAUCUCAGUGCCCUGCGGCUAACACUGACUCCAACCAAUUAUUAUCAAGGCUCGAGCAGUGAUGUGCCGUUGCAAGUCAUCACCAAGCACAACAGGAACAGAGUGAAUACAGAAUAUACGCAUGAUAUUAACUCAUAUAAGCAGACCUAAACGCCCUUUGUAUACCUCCAAAACCACUUCUCCCUCGUGAGGCCCUUGCCCGCAAUU